ACUCCAAAUUUACCCAUUAAUCCCUCUAGUUCCUCCUCCCCAUCUCUUCAAGAAUAUGAACAACUUCCUCCUUUUGGUUUUACUCUUGGUUAUAUCUGAGUAUCCCUUGUCAUCAAGCACUCCUGAUUUGUUCUACAGAGGCUGUAGUAAUCAGUUCAGGUGUGGGAAAAUGGUUGUAGAUUUUCCAUUCUGGGGAGGGAAGCAAAGACCGCGUGAGUGUGGCCAUCCAGGGCUUGAACUCCAGUGUGAGAAUGAUACUGCUUUUAUAAAAAUUGAUGGGGUUCGAUAUCGAGUUCUGGACAUUGAUCUGCCCUACAACCACAAAAAAAUGAGGAUUGCAAGGGAGGACUAUAAGGGUGGACUCUGUCCUCAGAAUAUCCAGAACACAACCCUGGAUAGUACUCUCCUAGUCAGUUCUCCGGAUUAUAGACCUCUUACAUUACUCUAUGACUGCCCAAGUUUCAUACCAUCUCCAUUUCCAUUUGUCCUUGCAAACUUCAGCUGCCAUAAUGUUUUCAAUUCUAGCAAUGGACUCAUCACACUGGGAGAUACUGGUACUAUGAAUUGUUCUGCUAGUGCCACUGUGCUGGUUCCUAAAUCUUUCUCCACAGGAGAGGGGAUCAAACAAGCCUUAAAAGAUGGAUUUGAAGUUGAGUUAAAGGUGGAUGACAAAGCGUGUCAGAAGUGCCUAGAUUCCAAAGGAAAGUGUGGCAUUGGCUUUGACAAUCAAACGGUUUGCUACUGUCUGGGAUCAAGUACUUCACUUGCAGAGUGCCCUCCCCCUCCUGCUAACAUGCCUGCUACCAUUUCCCUUCCAGCACUGCCACCAGCAGCAGCCAAUAAGUCAGGUAAGUACCUUUAUUUGAAGCUCCAGGUGGCUGUCACUUUGUUGCCACUGUAUUGCAGCUUUGCCACCACAACUCCAACACUCCUCCUUGGUGUUAAAGCUGCAGAAAACAAGAAAUUACCUAAGAAUUUGGAAGCCAUUUGCAGUUCUUUGUACUUUGGUUUUGAUUUGUUGUUGCUGCCAAGGCCAUCUUCCUUAGCAGAUCAGCUCCUCCUUCAAUGCUGCAGCUUCAUCUUGCCUACAUUUGCUGUUUUAACAAAUUUUUGGAGCUGUGCUGAGCUUUUCUCUUCAUUUGCUGUCAAUUUUCAGCCUCAUUGCUGCCAUUUCAUGGCAGUUUCAUUUCAUCAUUUUUGUAGUGAGAUAUAUUUUCCCUCAUGGAUUUAUAAGCAAAUUGAGAAAGCAGAAGAAUUGAAUCUUGACAGAGUCGUCAAUGAUGAUGAAGAAGAAGAAAUGAUAAGGAAGAUGGUAAUAGUGAGCCUUUGGUGCAUCCAAACAAUUCCAUCAAAUAGGCCAUCAAUGACAAAGGUUCUUGAGAUGUUACAAGGAAGCCUUGAAGCUUUGCCACUUCCUCCAGAACCCUUGUUGUCUUCUCCAGGACCUGCAGUAAGAUCACCAAAAAAUUCCUCCACCACAUCAUCAGUCACAAUGCAGGUUAGACUAUACUCGGCAAUUAUAUCCAACUAUCUGAAACUAUUUAUAUGAUUUAGCCCCAUGCAUCAAAAUAUUUUGGAUGAACAAUUUGUCUUCAAUUUCCUUACUGAUUUAGACCAUACUCCACGGCUAUCUGCAACUAUCCUCAACUAUUUAUAUGAUUUAACCCUAUGCAUCACAAUGUUAUUGGAUGAACAACUGUCGUCAAUUUCCUUGCUGAAUGCAUCACGUAUUGCAGGUGGUUUCUGAGCACCUUUGAGAUAGUUUCACUACUUAUUCUUACUGAUUUCCAAACAUGAAGACCAUAUAUUCCGAGGUACAGUGAAUUUAUGUGGAAGGAAGCCACAACAGCAAAACUGCAGGAAUCCAUUUUUUUGUUGAAGAAGGUUGCAGCAAUAUGAAGGGUCAGAUGAAUAGAGCACUACUGCUGCCCUUAUAUAGGUUUAAAUUAAUUGUAAUUUGUUUAGUAUUUUGGUUAUUCUAAGUUUUAGUUUACUUGUUGUAAAGUCUUUGACAUGAUGUAAGCAAAUUGGUGCUGGAGAUGUCACAUGGAAUUCGAAGCCUUGAUGCUUUGUCUGUCCCACCGAAACCUUAAAACUCCUACACCGCUGUAUCAAAUUGUUGA